AUGGCUCCUGCCAACGCCACCUCACCCGACCUCAAGCUCAAGAAGCCCACCGACCGAGUUUCCAAGCCUGAUCUGGAGAGCCCCGUCUCAGAGACCGGCGCUUCAGAGCCUGCUUUUCUGAAGGAGUUGCAGAAGAACCUUCGCAAUGCGACAAAGAAGCUGAAUGCCACCGCGAAAGUCGACACCAUCCUCAAGGAGAACGAGGGCAAAUCGCUCGAUGAACUCGUGGCGGAGAAGAAGAUCAACACCGACCAAAAGGCACAAGUCUUGAAGAAGCCUGCCCUGGAGUCCCAGAUCGCACAGAUCCAGCAGCAGAUCGGACAAUACAGGGAAAUUGCCAACCAGUACGAGCAACAGCUGGCCAAGCAGAAGGCGGCCGCCGAGGAAGCUCACCAGAAGGAGCUCGAGUCCGUGCGGGCCAAUGCUAUCGCCGAUGCCACCGCAACCACUGCAAAGACUCUGCGUCAGCAAUUGCUGUCUGUGAGCAAGUUCCUGUGUGCCGCGGCCAACAGCCGGCGCGACGGUGAUGCCGAGUCUCUGGAGGCCCGAGCCUUUGAGGGCGUUCUGUUCCAGGUCUACGCAGGCAACCAGGAGGCCGUUAGCAAUAUGAUCAAGCUGAUUGAUGGCGCGGAUGAGAGGGUGGUGGGCGUUGAGGGCGAGGUCCUCGAGAUGAGCUACGGAGAUGUGAAGCAGGCUUCCAACAAAUUCGCACCCGUCGAGCCCGCCGAACUCACAACCGACACCGCCCCUGCUUCGGAUCCGACUCUCGCCAAUGCCGGCUUGAAUGAGCUUCAGGACACCUCUGUUGGUGCCGAGGCCGCGGCCGCUCAGGCUUCGACCGACGAGACCCCCGACCAAGUCGCGCCUCCCUCUCAGACCCUGACUGCCGGUGCCGCGAACUCGGUUGCCGAAACUACCUACGAUCCUACUUCUAUGACCUCCUCCACUACCACCGACGGCUGGGUGAACAUCCCUCGUGACCCUGCUGAGACCGACACUGGCCUGCAGGCCACUCCGGCCAACAUCAAGAACACCGCCGAGGCUUCUGGGGCCAAGGCCCAGACCGGCGGACAGAACCGCAACCGAAACCGCAACCGUAAUCACAAUGGCCGCGAGCGCGCUCAGGGCGAGAGCAACAGUGGCGGACGCGAGGGUAACCGUGGAAGCCGAGGCCGCGGCCGCGGUGGACGUGGUCGCGGACGCGGCGGUGCCAAUGCCUCUGCCCCUGCUUCAGGCGAGCAGUAA